UAAUCCUUCAGACCAGCCAUGCUCGUCUUCCAAGCCCCCAUUGGGCUCCUCGACCAUGACAUCACGGAUCCUGCUGCGGCAGCAGUUGAUGCGAGAGCAGCUCCAGGAGCAGGAGCGCCAGGAGCAGCAGAGACGCCAGGCCUCCUCCACCUCGCAGUACCCCCAGACCACCGCCGGCCACAAUCACACGCACGCCCAGACACCGGCCAUCAACGUCAGUGCGCCUCCCAGCCUGCCCCCCGCAUCCCAGCUGCCCAUGGAGGUGCUGAAGGUAAGCAAUAAGUAUCAUCUUCAGUCCUCACACCUAAUGACAAAGAUGACACACCACUCCCUGACUGGUUGCUUCUCUGUGAUCUGACAACCAUGACAACCAUGCCACUCCUUACUCUGACUUCCAGAGCUCUCACUGUCACCUCUAGAUGCAGGCAUACAUCAUCAGAUGUUUUGUUUGUAGAAGGUACUGUGGGUUUGACUAUAUUGGCAACUUGAUCAUAAGUCUUCUGGACAGUCGAUCAAGCACGGUUUACUAUGAUAGGGUGUAAAAACGUGGGGAUGAGUGAAGUGUGUUAAAACGCACAUGGGGAUUAUCUUUCCUGAGAGAAUUCCUCUGUAAUGCAUGCUGUGCUUCCAGACAUUUGGAUUUAGCCAUCUUUAAUCCUAUUUGCUGAGCUACAUUCACAUAUUUUCAUAGCUUUGAUUCCUUGUUAGUCUGCUCUUGGGGACUCGAGACUGUUGCACAUUUUCUGAGCUAAUGGAGACAGUGUGAUAACUACCACAACACACUACUAUACUAUACUUCAUGAGAGUACACCCAGCAAAACAAAGAUAAUUUGGUAAGUUUUUUUUUUGAUUGCAUUAAAUGUAUUUGUCUUUCUUUAGAAAUAGUAUUACUAAUAUCAAAACGUGCAUAUUCGAAAAAAAAGUUAUAUUGAAGAACUAUCCCAAACUUCAUAUCUCAAACAUUUUGCAUGACUGGAUAGAUAUUUCUCCUUUGUCUUUUCCUUAAAAUAUUACAAUUUUCCUGUUGUUUCCAACAUUGUCACUACAAUAGUGUGAUUGUUAUCACUGUACAAUAUCUACAAUUUUCAUUUCUAAAGUGAAAAAAUGGUGAGAAUAAGAGUCAUAAAGGAUAAAGAUACGAACACAAUGAUACAGUACAUGUGGUAGCAUUAUAGCAUGAACUGCCUGACAUACUUUUCUAAAGAGCAUACUGCCACCCAUUCAAAAACAGUGAGGGAAUGCUUUUACAAUUGUUUCUCAAAAAUAAACAGUGUUCACACUUUUACAUUUUUACAUUUUUUGUCAUUUAGCAGACGCUCUUAUCCAGAGCGACUUACAGUUAGUGAGUGCAUACAUUAUUAUUUUUUCAUACUGGCCCCCCGUGGGAAUCGAACCCACAACCCUGGCGUUGCAAACGCCAUGCUCUACCAAUUGAGCUACAUCCCAGGCAGAACCUCAUUCUAAGGAUAUCAGGUGAGACUGAGUCAUUUCUGAUUCAUGGUGACUGAUUUGGCUCUUGUUUAUCUGUAAACGCUCUGAACAUGAAGAUUUACUGUAGAUUUACUGGAAGCAUUGUAAUAAUUUAGCAGUAGAAAAGCCGUAGUCCACGUUUUACUGGAAUUUGUGUGAUUGUUGUGGUUGAAGUUUACGCAUGUAGGAUUUGCCAUCUGGGUAGUCAACCAUUUUUGUUUGUGAAAGUUGGUUGUAUCUGUGCAAGUGUUCCAUAUCACUGUAAUAUUUGAUUAUGUCAAUAAUAUUGUUUUGAUUGUGACAGCUGUUUGUGGAAAUCUGACAUAGAUUAUAUAGAUUAUUCAUAGAGGAUUGAUUCUUUGAAAGAAAAAUGUGUUAACUUACUAAUGUGUUAAAGCCUUAAUCCCAUUAUGUAAAAUAACAUUUAAUACAGUUUAAAGUAGUGGAUUAGUACAAAUAGUACAAAGAGCAGUGGGUAUAGAAGUAGUGCCUCCCUCAACCGUUGAAACCAUUGCCCUCCACAUACAACAUAAACAUUGCUUAGCCUAUACUCUGUAUAAUCUUUAGCUCUUUGAGAGGUUUAGGAUAUCCCCCACUAAAGAGUACGAUAGACAAGCUGGAAGACAUUUCUGUGAUUCAGGGUCGGAGCUUACGGGCAUUCUUCAUUGACUGAAAUUCUCUAAAUGAAAGGCCUGUUCCUGCCUAGUACUGAGCACUGCAGAGCAGUGUUAACCUGCUCGCAUGUCUGUGACUAGAUUAGCACAGUCCACACACAAAGCUACACAAAAUUAGUUUAGGGGUACCAGGUGGAGCAGCUGGACCUAAAAAGGGAAAACAUUAAGCUCAGAUGAGUUUGUCUGAAGACCGAUUUGGGCCCUUAAUUAACCAAGUGACCCCUGACCUUUGGAGGAAUAAGUAUGGGAUCAAUUUGGGGAUCAGGACAAAGGCAAGCACAGUCUUACCAAACACCCCAAUGCUAAUUCAGCUAAGAAUGCUCGUAAUUAGCCCCACUGCUUUCAUUCCAUGGCAUAUUUAAGGGGGAAAAAACUAGCUUUGAAAUCUAUGUAGGAUAAUUUCCUAAAGGGUUCAACAUGAUUUCCAGAUUUAGUGAAAAGGAAUUAGCAUAUUAAGAGAAGAACAAAGUACUGUGGAUAGUGUUCAGCUCUGAAAAUGACAGGAUGUGUUCUUUUAGAUCACACUGCAUCAAAGUUAUGUAUUAAUGAAGCGUUAUGUAAUUAUCCAUGGAUAAUUAGUUUACAGCUGGUCACUUUGGUCCAUUUUAAAGCAGCAGUUAAUUCAUCCAAUGCAAUAUUAUUAUACCUUUUGAGACAGAUUUUAUAAUAGAUAUCAUUUUUAAAAGGAAAUAUUAAGAAUUUAUGAAGCUCAGGAAAUUAUUUCAUUUAGGUUUUCUCUCAUUGAUAAGAUUUUCAUAAGGUCACCUUCUCUGUCUCUUAUAACAAGGACUUGCACAGACCCUCAGCUUCAUAGGGAACCAUUGUUUGUUGUACUAUCUGGUACACUAUUGGAUGAGGAAAGACAGGUUCCUUGUUUUUCCUUGAACAAAUACACACUCUAGGACAGUGGUUCCCAACCCUGGGGGUACUUGGCCUUUCCACAGAGGGUACGUGAGAAGACUCAUGAGACCAUAGGCUUACUGGUAAAAUGCACAUGAGGGGGUACUUAGGAGUACUCCGGGCAGAGCAGAAUUCAGUUGGUGGCAGCGGCGUGUAUUCAUGGAUUCCAAGGGAAGCCAGGCUUCCCCCAAAAUUGACCUAAAAUAAAAUAAUGUAUCUUUCGUCUCUGUGUUUCAUAAUUUUCCUUCAAUUCGCAAGAGGCUGAAUGUAUCUCACAGGAGAAAGCAUCCGAGUGAGCGAAAUAGCGCCCCUCCUAUCUCUCUACGUGUAGGCCAUCUAUCUGAUGCUGUCUGUUCCAAACGAGUAUGACAUUGUUGCUGCCCGUAGCAUUGAAGGCAAGUGUUGAAGGGAAGCCAGUGAGCAUUUGGCCUCCCUUGAUAAUUUUUUUUUAUAAAACAUUGUUGUUGUUGUCCUCCGGUGGCUAGCUAGCUAGUUAAAAUUGGCCCUUUCCUAAAUUAGCCAUGGAUGGAGAUAGGGAUUUGGACUUGUGGUUUUACUUAAUUCUCCAUACUGGCCAAUGAUUAUAACGGCAAUUCUGAUCCAACCAUUAAUUCAUACAUUGUUGUGCCCCUGGCCUGAGAGGAUGGAAGUUCAAUAUGUAGAAGACUGUUAACUAGCUAACGUUGCCCAUGAAUGGAAGUUAGGCUAGCGAGCAAGCAUUUUAGCCAGGUAGCCUAGGACAACCCACUGUUUUAUCCACGCACCGCUACUGGUUGGUGGUACAAUAACCAAAAAAGGUUGGGAACCACUGCUCUAGGUGAUGGUUUUAUGGUUUCAUAUAGAGUUACAACUGCAUGCAUGUCGAACAUGGAUAAUGCUGUGUCAUUGUUCUCAUCCAUAGGAAAGAAAGCAUCCCGGACCAAAAUUGUUUUAGUACGAUGCCUGAUUUAAAAAACUAACCUUGACAAAAAGGGUGUUUGUUUAGAUGAUUGUUUAACAGAGAGACGUUUGCCUUAGCUAGCUUUUCUAGAACCUGUCAAAUAGUUUUUCUACGGCUAAAGUUAACAUGACUCUCUGGUGAUGAACAUUAAGACCUCAUCAUAGCUCCCUAAAGGCUUAUUAGUGAAGCAUGCUCUUCGUCACACAAAUAGUUGUACAAAAGUUACCUUUUUUAUUUAGAGAAGCUAGUGGUUGUGUGCAUGUGCUUUAUUGUUGUGACCUCACUGUUUACUAGUGUAUUACCCUGUAGUUUACUGGAUGGCUAUCAAAAAGAGCCCUUUAGACAAGGUGAUUUUUGGGUCCGUGGACAUUCCUGCAGAGUACCAUCCUGAUCUCCAGCUGCUAGUAUCACAGUUCCUGUUAACAAGUGGCUGUUAAUGUCUUAAAACCGUCAGACAAUAUAUCCUUUUCUGUUUGUCUGGAAGAGGGUAUGGAACAUUCCUGUUAAUGUAUAUAACUUGGGGCAUCGCGGAAUGUCCAAAGCACACAAGUAAAAAAAUACAAAUCUAGCCUCCCGAGUGGCGCAGUGGUCUAAGGCACUGCAUCGCAGUGCUAGCUGUGCCACUAGAGAUCCUGGUUCGAAUCCAGGCUCUGUCGUAGCCGGCCGCGACCGGGAGACCCAUGGGGCGGCGCACAAUUGGCCCAGCGUUGUCCAGGGUAGGGGAGGGAAUGGCCGGCAGGGGAUGUUGGUAGAGCAUGGCGUUUGCAACGCCAGGGUUGUGGGUUCGAUUCCCGGGGGGGGGGGGGGGGGGGGGCAGUAUGAAAAAAUAAAAAAAUAUAAUGUAUGCACUCACUAACUGUAAGUCGCUCUGGAUAAGAGCGUCUGCUAAAUGACUAAAAUGUAAAUGUAAAUGUUUGUUUGUCGCUCCCUCUUGCUCCUCCCCAUCCACCCCUCCCCAAACUGAGAUGCCAGUAUAAUGUGUGUGAGUUCUGUUCUCUUCGAGAUGUCAUUGACUUUUAUUGGGGUGGCCUGAGGACUCUAUUGAUGGCUACAGCACAUGGGCUGCAGAACAGAGCCCUGUCUUGUUUUGGAAGAUCUAUUAUUUAAUGUAUUUUAUUCUAGUAAUAUCCUGUUAAUCAAGUUUGAUCUAAGACAAAGUUAGUAGUGUUUCUUUCGUGGAAGUUAUAUUAUGACAUCAAAUAAGAACCGUAAGGCAAAGAACACGUAGCACGAUUUCAAAUAGCUUUUAGUGUGAUUUCAAAUUCAGUUACCGGAGGCUUUACGUUCAAUCUGUAUCAAGAGUGAAAUACAUUUUUAUCAAGCCUGCAUUCUGCCAUUCCCGGCAAUACUAAUACAUGUUUUAGGUAAUGUACAAAUAGUGGCCAAUUUUUUUAACCUGCUUCUUGGUUCACUAUUUUGGGCUAAUCCAGUGUUAUAAUCCACAUUAUUAUUUCAAUGUCUAUCUAUCAAUCAAUCAAUAUAUAAGUAAGAAAAUGAUUUAUAUUCAUUGCUGACCUUGUUCCAUUGUCUCAAUGACACCCUGGUAAAUAGAUGUCGCUAUAUCAACUCAAUGCAAUUCAUCAUAACAAAAGCGGUAUUUACACCCCCUUCCCUCCACUGUGGAGAUAUUCAACAUUAGCAGAAGGAAUUUGACCAGGUCAAGAAAAUACUGAGGGAGAUUGGCUUGAAGUAUGCAUUGGUAUUCCCUGGUGGGAACAGAUGUAGGACUGGAGUGGGAACGAUGUCAGAAGGAUUACCGUAUGAUGAAGAAACUCUGAAAUGUAGAAAAUGUAUUGUAUUCAUAUUGUAACUUCAUGUCAGAUUUGCAAUAACAUUUGCCUGGUCACUCACUACCUUGCAGACUGAUAUUACCAUUAGAGGUGGUACAUGCAUGUAUUAGUCAUACUAGUACAGUAAUAGGAGUGUUGAACUGCAUGUGAAGAAGUAAAGAGACUCUAAAUGACCUUGUUAUCAGAUUGUUCAGCAUGUUGUUAUGAUCCAAGAGGAUGUGUGAGUGGCACUUUCUAAGAGAAUCUCAAUGCUAAUUAACUGCACAAAUUCAUUAAAACACAAGUGCACAAACACAUAUACACUUGCCUAGCGGUAAGAGCAUUGGCCCAAUAACCGAACGGUCGCUAGUUCGAAUCCCCGACAAGGUGAACAAUUGGCCGAUGUGCCCUUGAGCAAGGCACUUUACCCUAAUUGCUCCAAGUUCGCUGUUGAUAAUGGCAGACCCUGGCCGUGACCCCACUCUCCGAGGGUGUCUCAGGGAGAGUUGGGAUAUGCAAAAAACACAUUUCCAAUUCACACAUGCGUAUAAUACACACUUGUACAUAUGUGAAAUAAAUCAAAUAUAAGCACCUACCAAAUUAUUUCUAGGGGUUCACAGCGAAGCUAUUGUCAUUCUUAGACUAUUUGAUUUUCCUGGUCAAAUAACUCAGCAUAUUACGUUUUUUCUAAUUUGGCACACAGAAACUAAAGGCCUUGAGAAAAGCUAAGAGAUUGGUUAAGAGAUGGAUGAGUUAUUGAUAAAUCAGGGAAUCAGAUUUUACGUGUCCAUUUAAAUUCUUUGCAAAUCCACUUCACAAUUGCUUAUCAAAUAUAUACUUUUUAGGGUCGUCAAAGACAUUACCAUGAUGAACCCUGUUAAGUUUGGCAUUGAUAUCUUAAAAUAUAAGGAAAGUAAUUACAAUGCUUAAAAUAAUCAUUACAAAUCUUCUUCUCAUGGACUAUAAAUCAGAUUCACUUCAAAUUUGGUCUUUGGACUCAUCACAGUAGUCCCUAAAGAGUUUGAGAAAAUAACGUUGAUGCAUUUAAAGAUGGCCAGUAGAUGCAUAUUAGCACAUACGCUAAUAGGCUAAAAUAUGCUAAAAAUAUUGGCAUGUUGCAUUUAUAUUUUUGUUCAGUAGAAAUUGAUUACAUUUCACCCUGUAUUGUUAUGGUUUCGUGUUUGACCCUAACCAAGGAUGUGUGUUCUUCUAAAUAGCUUGAAAAAUUAACUUAAAGCAUUAACUUAAAGCAUGUUUUGAAAGAUAACAUACACUGAACAAAAAUAUAAACACAACAUGCAACAAUUUAAAAUAUUUUACUGAGUUACAGUUCAUAUAAGAAAAUCAGUCAAUUGAAAUGCAUUCAUUCUGACUGGGAAUACAGAUAUGCAUCUGUUGGUCACAGAUACCUUAAAAAAAUAGUUAUGGGUGUGGAUCAGAAAACCAGUCAGUAUCUGGUGUGACCACCAUUUGCCUCAUGUAGCGCGACACAUCUCCUUCGCAUAGAGUUGAUCAGGCUGUUGAUUGUGGCUUGUGAAAUGUUGUCUCACUCCUCUUCAAUGGCUGUGCGAAGUUGCUGGAUAUUGGCGGGAACUGGAACACGCUGUUGUUGUACAUGUCGAUCCAGAGCAUCCCAAACAUGCUCAAUGGGUGACAUGACUGGUGAAUAUGCAGGCCAUGGAAGAACUGGGACAUUUUCAGCUUCCAGGAAUUGUGCACAGAUCCUUGCGACAUGGGGCAGUGCAUUAUCAUGCUGAAACAUGAGGUGAUGGUGGCGGAUGAAUGGCACGACAAUGGGCCUCAGGAUCUCGUCUCUGUAUCUCUGUGCAUUCAAAUUGCCAUCGAUAAAAUGCAAUUGUGUUCAUUGUCCGUAGCUUAUGCCUGCCCAUACCAUAACUCCACCGCCACCAUGGGGCACUCUGUUCACAAUGUUGACAUCAGCAGACCGCUCGCCCAUCUGCCCGGUACAGUUGAAACCAGGAUUCAUCCGUGAAGAGCACACUUCUCCAGCGUGCCAGUGGCCAUCGACGGUGUCGGUUACGACGCUGAACUGCAGUCAGUUCAAGACCCUGGUGAGGACGACAAGCAUACAGAUGAGCUUCCCUGAGACAGUUUCUGACAGUUUGUGCAGAAAUGUUUCAGUUGUACAAACCCACAGUUUCAUCAGCUGUCCAGGUGGCUGGUCUCAGACGAUCCCGCAGGUGAAGAAGCCGGACGUGGAGGUCCUGGUCUGGUGUCGUUACACGUGGUCUGCGGAUGUGAGGCCCGUUGGACUUAUUGCCAAAUUCUCUAAAAUGACGUUGGAUUCGGCUUAUGGUAGAGAAAUUAACAUUCCAUUUUCUGGCAUCAUCUCUGGUGGACAUUCCUGCAGUCAGCAUGCCAAUUGCACCAUCCCUCAAAAGUUGAGACAUCUGUAGCAUUGUGUUGUGUGACAAAACUGCACAUUUUAGAGUGGCCUUUUAUUGUCCCCAGCACAAGGUGCACCUGAUGAUCAUGCUGUUUAAUCAGCUUCUUGAUAUGCCACACCUGUGUCAGGUGGAUGGAUUAUCUUGGCAAAGGAGAAAUACUCACUAACAGGGAUAUAAACACAUUUGUGCACAAAAUUGAAGAGAAAUAAGCUUUUUGUACUUAUGGAAAAUUUCAGGGCUAUUUCAUCUCAUGAAACAUGGGACCAACACUUUACAUGUUGCGUUUAUAUUUUUGUUCAGUAUAGUUACAGACUUGCACAUUUGGUGGUAAGACAGACAGACUGUCUUUGUCUAGACUAGAGCGUGGCCAGGCUUGCUACAGUCAAUUUCCACACAUGGUAGAUAAACACAUGUUUAGCAGCACAACAGAUUGUAAACUCUGAAUUAGAUUUGUCUUAAGAACAUAUCUUUGUUUUCAUUGCUGGUUUAUUAUUGUUUAUUUAUCGGUUGGUCAUCUUUGCCAUUGUUGGAACCCUUGAAUGUAUUGAGUGAACUGUCAAAGGAUAUCUGUUGGUAGCAACUUCAUGUUAGAGAAAUUGUUACAGGUCGCUGUAGGCUCAUGUUUAGAAACUGUGACAUCUUAUCAUGUAAGUAGCACGCCAGGCUCCUGUGAAUGAAGUAGACCUUUCUUUGAGCUUUAUUUUAUUACAAAUAUUUUUUAUUUAAGUAUUUUAAUUUAUUUAGACAAAAAAUGAAUAUAUUAUGUAGCCUGUAGUUUCCAUUAAAAGUUUUAGCUCAAUGAUCUGAUCAUCCAAAGACAGAGAUAGCAGAGGAACCAGCCAGUCAAUGUGCGGCGGUAGCCAUGCAUGGUGUUAAAGAAGAGAUGAGUUAUCUGGCCCCGGGCAAGUGUGAGUAGACACGGUGGACUGGCCUGGCUGUAGAAAGGGCCUCUUUGUAAGACUCCCAUUCUGACGUCAAACAAGCAACAUAAAGGCAUACAUUAAUAUUUUACAUAAAACAACACAAACUUAAAAAGGUUCAUUGUAUCUUACUCAGAUUUGUUAACGUGUAGCUAAUGACUUUUUCUCCACCUUUUAUAAGCUGAGCUGAAAGUGUUCCUCCCCAUAUUAUCAGUAUCGGAAUUGGAGCAUCACAGGCACAGUCUCUCUGGUCCUGCUACAUAGUCAAAGGGAAUAUAAUUAUAUAAGUUUUAGCAUCUCAUUUUUGAGUUGGAAUAUAAAUUGUGCAAUAUGUUGGAGAUGCUUGAAUACCAUAAUUAUCAGGUAGGCGCAAUAAUAUGCUUAUUGAAAUCUAUUUUCUUUUGGGACAGGUUAUAUUAAAAGCACUGGAGAUAUGUCCCUUCUGCCCAUUUUUGUGGCUUUAAGUUCUAGGGUUUAAAAGGUUACAGUAGUGUGAAAUGUUAUUCAUGUGUUUAUAACAAGGGAUAUUUUUUAAGCAAUAGAGAGGAUGCAAUUGUGCAGAUCCAAAUUGUACAGCGGAAAUAUGAAUAAAAUAAAUGUCUGAUCACUAUUUGUUGAUCAAUAAAGGGAUCUUCAUAGUGAUACUUUAUACAAUUUCAACCCAUAGUUGACUUCCCCUGGUCAAGUCAAUUACAGGAUCACUAGUUGAGCUGACAUUUAUUUUCAUAUUUUAUUCAGUAACCCAGGUCCAGUGGCUUUGUCAAAGGAGAAGACACUGUCACUCGACUCCUUUUAUUUGAACUAAUUGCUCUGCCUUUUGGUUUCUUUACAUCUUUUACUAAUGCUAUUUCUUUAUGAUUGUUAUUAUCACUGAAUGGAAAAACAUGUUCAAGGCUGUUUAUUAUUAAUCAGUGAGAUAUAAUAUUGAAGGCUCCUUUCUUGAAUGCACAGCACAACUGAAACAUGACCCACAAUCAUUAACCCAUCAUAUCAGAGUUUAAGGAUUCUGCCUCUCCCUCUCCUCUCUUUACUCUCCUUUCCUCCUCUCUCCCUCUUCCAGGUGCAGACUCACCUGGAGAACCCCACCAAGUACCACAUCCAGCAGGCCCAGCAGCAGCAGGUGAAGCGCUACCUGGGCAAGAUUGGCUCCCUGCCCUGCCCUAACCAGCCCGCUGACCACGGGGGCAUGCCUCCGGGGCCGGGCAACAGUGCCCCCAACAGCCCCAUGGCCUUACUCACCCUCAACGUCAACUGCGAGAAAGAGGUAAAGCUUCUCUCGCAGACCUGGCUGCAACAUGGCCAUAGACACCAAGCUACAAUGCAGUGUGUGUAAAUUCUGUGUGCUUUUCAUUCCAUGAUCUCUGCCAAUUUUCCAUUACUUCUGCUUCAUAGCAAUGUGUAUUCAAGUAAUGAAUGGUAGUAACACCAUGAAUGGUAGUAACACCAUGCAUAUUCAUUGAGCAGGAAAUGUGAUCGUCUGUUGAGGAGCCCUUUACACUCGUACCCGUAUACGGGUUGAAAAUGGCAGAUUUGGACACUGAUAAGCACCUCAAUUGGAACACAGUGUACAGUAACAUGCUAUACAUGAUGUCAGAGCUCAGGUUCUCCACUUCACAGCUCUGUAUGGGUUUUGACUGACAGCCGUUCUGAACUUGAGCACAGCAUAUGACAAGAAGUUGCCCCCAUCCCUUCCGCUAACUGGGCAACUUUGAUCAUUUUUUUGUUGUCUGAGUGAGGGAAAUGCUGUAAAUUAAGAGGACUGUGUAUUAUGAAAGAUGAGACGUUGAGGAUUAUAAUAAAUACCGCUUUGAUGUCAUACAAUCAAGCCAAACACCAAAUGGGCAAUUCACAUUUCCAUAUCAUAAAACCAUGUAAUAUACAGUGUCAACGUUUAUGAUCACUAUGUUUGAUGUACAGUUACAAGAUGACAUGGCGUUAUACCCUGGGUUGUCCUGAACAGAAUGAGCCUGUUGUAUUGUAAAGAAGAUUUGCCACGGACCACGCAUCUGAAUGCACUCAUGACUCAAUUCUAUUCACACCAAAAUGAUGAUCUGCAUCUCUGAAUUGCCUUGUGAAAGCCUAACGCUGUAAGAUCGUAUUUUAUACGAUUUAUAAUGGACAUUUUUUGGAUUGCGUAAACAACAACAGUAAAGGUGGGAAUGAAAGGCUGUGUUCCAACAAAACAACUACAAGUGUGCUUGCUCUAGUUCCUCACCGGCACAGCUAGGAGAGCUCCAAAAAGCACCUUAUAGUUGAAGAAUCUUUGUUGAGUCAUUAAAGUGCAUUGAAAUUACUUAGAAACAGUGCAACCUUUGGAGAAAAAAAAGUGUAAUCUCGAAUUUAACUACUUUUUUUUUUAUUCUAGAUGGAUGAUGUCAUUGAUGACAUAAUUAGUCUGGAAUCUAGUUAUAACGAUGAUAUCCUUGGAUUAAUGGACCCAGGGCUUCAGAUGGCCAAUACGGUAUGAUUGUCUUCAUUUACGUACCUGUUCAUAGAAAACCCAGAUAGCCUUUUCAUAGUAGAUGGGUCUACAAAGACAGCAGUGUUUGCAUACAGAUCAUGGUGUAAACAAAAACAAUGUAAGGGUUACCUACUCAUGUUUAAGCACCACCUGUGCCUGGUCUAUUUGACAUGCUAAUGUUAAUAAUGUCUAUGGUUAUCUUGUCUCAUCAGAUCGCUGUCAACACUAACCUCUUGGAGCUGUAUGGUAACCAGGGAAUGCCCCCUCCAGGCCUGGCCAUCAACUCCUGCCCUGCCAACUUGCCCAACAUCAAAAGGGAAUACUCAGGUGAGCAAAACCCCAUGGCAUGAAAAACAUCCAGAUUCAAACAUGGUGUUACAAAUUACUCUCGAGGCCUUUGUGAUUUGAGAAAUAUGCUAAAAGGGUCAGAAAAAUGUCUAUGCAUGUGCUUUGCAUGAAUAUUGUUUUUGAUUAUUGUAAACUUGGGUAUUUAGUAAUUCAGAAUAAGGAGAAAUACGUUGAACAUUUUAUGUGCCAAAUAGUUUCCCAAUCUCCGGCCAUCAUGCACAUGCUGGACAAGUCAGAAUCAUGUGGCAAGUUUGAGAACUAUCAGAGGCCUGAAGGGUUUCCUGUAGGUACGUCUGCGUAUUAAUAUUCAUAUUUACGUUAGCUAACUCAUUUGAGUUAGGUUACAGUGGUGCACUUUGCUAAGCCUAUAAUGUGCUCAGCACAGUUUCAUUUAUUUUCUUCCAGACUGACUAAAUGUUUCUGGCAUAACUAUUUUGUUAUGUGUCAACAUCAAUGUUUUGCCAUUAGUUUUGAUGAGUCAUUAACGCUAACUGCUUUGUUUCAGAAGCAGAGGUCAGGGCAAUGGCAAAGGAAAGACAGAAGAAGGAUAACCAUAAUUUGAGUGAGUUUUGUUAUACUGUAGUUAUCAGCUAUCUAGUAAUAUGAUGUAGGUUAUUUACAUAUACUCUGUAAUAUCACAUUCCAUAACAUAAGUUUAAUGCUGUGACAUUAGCUGUUCAUUAUAAAAUGUUGCAUGAUUCAUUGUUUCUAGUUGUUCUCUUGUUGUCCCUAUUUGCUGUAGUUGAGAGAAGACGGAGGUUUAACAUCAACGACCGGAUCAAAGAAUUGGGGACCAUGAUUCCAAAAUCAAGUGAUCCGUAUGUUGCCUAAACAUUGACAUCGAUUUGAAGUCUUUCUAUCAGAUAUACAGUAUACCAUGGCUCAGACAGUUUAUUGACCCCAGGCUAGACAGGACAAUAAUUAUACAUCAAUGCCUCAGUCUAUUCCCAGUGCAUCCAUACCCUUGAGAAUUUUGUGAGUUAGAACGUUGUCAGCUGACUCUAGAAUGCAAAGUUCAGUCUGAUAAAAUCUUGCUGGCCUGCCGUGCCCCUCUCUGGUCCUCAGGGAUAUGCGUUGGAACAAAGGCACCAUUCUCAAGGCGUCGGUGGACUACAUCAGGAAGCUACAGCGGGAGCAGCAGGGGGCCAAGGAGCUGGAGAACAGGCAGAAAAAGCUGGAGCACGUCAAUAGACACCUAAUGCUGCGGAUACAGGUACAGCACUGUAGGCCGUGGCUGACUGGGAGAGAUGGGAAACUACUAGCUAUGCCUAGAGCUGUUGCAUUGACUGUAUUACCACCACGCCGGCUGUCAAGGCAUAUUUUUUUUUUUGGGUGCAUUACGGCCACAAAGGGGAUGCCACCGUGAAAUUCGAGGCAUCAUCAAGUGCUUGUCAAAUUGUGAAUGAGAGACUAUUGGAGUGUGUACAGCCUGUGCAAAAAACAAAGCAGAGCUCAUACGUUUUUAAGCAACUUUUAAAAAAUCAUCAUUAGUCUCAUCAUGCAGCCUUACAAUGUAUUAAAAAUCAAAACAUAUAGCCCAACGUUUGUAGAACAACUAAAGUUACAUUAAUAACUCUAAAUUACGCAUAUAGGAGUACCUAUUUCUUUGUUAACCGCUCAACACAGAAUAGCCGCAUGUGCGCACUCCCUCAAAUUGUUUGAAGAAAAUAUUUAUAUUUUAUUCAGCUUUGUUCAAUUGUAUUCUUCAUACUAUAAAAUAAUGCCACGGAAUUAUAAGCGAAUCUUGUCUGCUAAAUGAACUAGUGUAGCCCACAGCCAUUUGGCAUAGCCACAUCAGGACCUAACAUAAGGACAACUCAAGAGUAUGCUAUUAUUUUAUUCUGAAAUAGACUACAUUUUCUUCAUAUCAUGCUUCUUUAGACCUGUCUAAAAUAAAUAAUGGAUUUAUUGUGAAGGUGUAGGCUAUAUUACAUGGAUUUAUUAGACUUUUUUUAAAUGGCUUGUAGGCUAUGUGUGGAAGCCAGGAGAUGCUAAAUGUGGUUAUGUUAAUUAACGGUCAAUUGCAGUGAGACUGACAGUUAUUUGCUUGACAAUCACCGGCUGACAAAAUUUUGUGACUUCCACAGCCCUAGCUAUGCCUUCAAAAGGUCACAUACUGUAUUAGCCAAUAAAAGUAGGAUUGAAUCUAGAUGAGCGCUUCUAUCCUCUGGAUGGUAUCAGUUAUGCAGCUUACAGACAGACAAUGUUGAUAACUCUCUCUUUCCUUUUGUUUCUUUCUAUCUUCCUGCCUUGAUGGGGUUCAGGAGUUGGAGAUGCAGGCUCGUGCCCAUGGUCUGACCACAGUCUCGUCUGCCCUCUGCUCAGCGGAGCUCUCAGCCCGAGGCAUCAAGCAGGAGCCAGCCCUGGGAGACUUCCACCAGGAUCUGUACCCUGUCGACCCCCAGCACCAACACCACCCAGCCUGCACUCCAGACCAGGUUCAGUCCACCACCUUGGAGCUCAAUGAUGAAGCUUCUCCCUACACCGAGGGCCACAGCGGCAUCUCAGGCGACCUCCGGAUGGAUGACACCUUGUCCCCGGUGGGACGGGGAGACCCGCUGCUCUCCUCUGUCUCGCCUGGGGCCUCUAAGGACAGCAGCUGCUCAGGCAGCAUAAGCAUGGAAGAGAACGACCAUGGCUGU